AUGCCGAGUCACUAUGGCGCAAGUACGAGGCAAGGAGGGCGCCUUCGCAAUACGUCGGAAUUAUUUGAGCGAUACCGGGUCGUGAGACUCAUGUCGAUUGUUUGGGGUAAAUCAGCUCCCCAAGAGCUGAUUUUGAGAUGCGGAAAAGAUCCGUGGAUGACUUACUAG